AGCAUUUAUGUGCCAGGCGCUGUUUGAGCAAUUUGCACGUAUUAACUUAUCUAAUUCUCACAACAAUCCUAUGAGGUGGAGACUUAUCAUCAUACUUAUUGUACAGAUGAAAAAACGGAGGCAGAGGGAGGUUAAGUAAUGUGCCUGAAGCCACAGAGUGAGUAAGUAGCAGGGAUGGGCUCCAGAUUCCGUUGCUCUUAACCACUUGCGAAACUGCCAAGGCGGAAUUAAACCAUUUCAAAGAAUGCCUAACCCCUCGCUUUGGGGAAGUAAUAGUUUUCGUGGCGUUAACACUCUGGACGUUUUUCCUUUCCCUACCAAGCCAGAAACUGGUGCUACCCUUCCAGGCGUCUUAUCGCUCCCUCCCCUCCCAGUCUGGUUUCAGGACCCUCUCUCCUCCCCAACGGUCAGAUGCUUUAGUGUUUGGAAGUAACUGCGAAGUCGCCUGCGUCCACGAGGUGGGGUGGUUCUAAAAUUCUGGCGGCCAAUGGGCGGUGAGAAGCAGCGGAUUCAGCCCAGUGGGACUCAAAGCUGCGCCGUGGGCGGAGCCAGCGGAGGGGGCGGGAACGGAGCCCCUGCGGCGGUGCUUGCUGUGCGCGGUGCCUGCUUCCCCGAGCGGCGUCAUGAGCUGGACCUGCCCGCGUUGCCAGCAACCCGUGUUCUUCGCGGAGAAGGUGAGCUCCCUGGGCAAGAACUGGCACCGCUUCUGCCUGAAAUGUGAGCGCUGCCACAGCGUCCUGUCCCCAGGAGGGCAUGCAGAGCACAACGGGAGGCCGUACUGCCACAAGCCAUGUUAUGGGGCUCUCUUCGGCCCCAGGGGGGUGAACAUUGGUGGUGUGGGCUCCUACCUCUACAGCUCCCUCACUCCCACCCCUGCCAGCACCACUCCUGUCAGCCCCAGCAGCUUCAGCCCCCCCAGGCCCAGGACUGGCCUCCCCCAGGGCAAGAAAAGCCCUCCCCACAUGAAGACAUUCACUGGGGAGACCUCGCUGUGCCCUGGCUGUGAGGAACCUGUCUAUUUUGCUGAGAAGGUGAUGUCUUUGGGCAGAAAUUGGCACCGACCUUGUCUGAGGUGCCAGCGCUGCCAGAAGACCCUGACUGCUGGGAGUCACGCGGAGCAUGAUGGCGUCCCCUACUGCCACAUCCCCUGCUACGGCUACCUGUUUGGCCCCAGAGGUGUGAACAUUGGUGAUGUGGGCUGCUACAUCUAUGACCCCGUGGAGAUAAAAUCCAAAUGAGAUGCUUACAGGAGAGGUCACCCAGCUCGGGCCUCCCACCAUCCCCUCCAUGGUCCACUGGGAGCUACAGAAUUCUCCAGUCCCGUGGGGGUGGGGGAAGGUGGGAUUUUGGUGGCCUGGGCCUAGGUUCCAUGGUAGAACAGAAAGUCUAGACUUUCUCUGCCAACUCCUCCUUUUCCCAUUCCUAUCUAGUCAGAGGACAUAGGCCACCCCAUUUUGAAGGGUGGCCUCCUGGCCUUCCCCAUCCCUUUCCCCAGGAAAUUCUGUAACUUUAAGGUACUCAUAAAACUUGUGUUUAUUCUGGCUUCUCCAAUAAAAUGUUGGCUCCCA